UAAUUUACUAAGCGAAUUUGUUUUCCGGUAAAAUAUUGUAUUGAUUCUUUCUUAGACUUUUUGAUCGAUGAAUCGCUAGAUAUGUCUCCGAAUGGAUAAUGCUAUCAAUUAUACAUACAUAACAGACAGGAAGAUGCAAGGAGGGGAUAUUCGCUAUAACAUGAUGACCACCAGUAACUUAUUUCGAGAAGCACAGGAUGAAGAGAUGGAGCAUAAAGUUAAGAAAGUUGCUGAAAAGAUAUCAGAGAGUAUGAACAUAGUUGCCAAUGAACCAUCCUUAGCUUUUUUCCGCAUUCAGGAACAUGUAAGAAAAUCACUCCCACAGCUCGUUGAACAAAAGCAUGAAGUUCUGGAAACACAACAAGAGGUUCAGGGUGCAAGUUUCGACACAGAAUAUGCCACACAUGCUGUAAAAAGCCUUCACAAGAGCAGUGUCCACUUCCAGAACAUCCAGGAUUUGUUAAAGAAUGCUAUCUUCAUGAAGCAACAAAUAGAUUAUGAAGAAGAUAGAAAACAACAGAAAAAGGCCCAGUCUAGCAUGUAUAAAGCCUCCCGAGAUGAUAUCGAAGUAUCAGUGUCUAGAAACUCCAGAGAAAUGUCUGCCUCUAAAUCAGACAACCAGUUGUAAGACACAGCAUGGUUGUUGUGCAUGUUCCCCUUCCCACGUGUGUACAGAUUUGUUAGUUGUCAAUUUCACCUGGUAACUCUUCCUAUUUAG